UAUACAUCUGUCAUGUUUCGGUAUAUAUAAUUAUUAAUUAAAUAGGUGUUUGAAUAUUCGCCGCAAGAAUAUUGUUGUUUAUACUAUUUAUAUAUGUACAAGUUUACAAUUUAGUCUAAAAUAAGAUCAGUUCUAAUGCCAUUAACAGCACGACAACGAAGUAUUCAUAAUAAAAAUGGAGCCAAGAGAUCGGCUAGCUUUAGCAAAGGCAAACGAUCGCGCAAGUCAAGUGAAGGGGAGUAUCUAUACACGAGUGCUCCGACUGAUUUGCGCAGUGUAGCAUACCCAGGUGGUGCAAUAGCAUUAUGUCUAUUAAUCUCAGCGAGACUGGCUUCAGCUUAUUGGGGACAAAUAGCUGAUUGUGAUGAAACUUACAAUUACUGGGAACCUUUACACUACUUAGUUUAUGGUAAUGGUUUGCAGACAUGGGAAUAUAGUCCUACUUAUGCCAUUCGAUCAUAUAUGCCACUGUGGCUGUUUGCAGUGCCAGCAAAAAUAUUGUCUUAUUUGACAACUCCAGUGUCAGUUUUUUAUACUCUAAGAGCUCUGCUUGCAGUUAUGACUGCAUGUGCGGAACUUAUGUUCUAUAAAGCCGUUUGCCAUGAAUUUGGAGUUCAUGUAGGAAGGGUAUGGCUAUGUUUAACACUUCCAGCUGCAGGAUGUUUUGCGUCAACGGCUGCAAUGCUGCCCUCCGCAUGGAGUUCAGCCUUGGUAUCAGCUGCCUUAGCUUGUUGGUGGCGGAAACGAUACCCUCCUGCUGUGCUACUGACAGCAGCAACUGUAUUAUUGAGCUGGCCAUUCACAGCACUUCUAGGGGUACCGAUAGCAAUUGAUAUGCUGUUCCUCAAAAAACAGUAUACAGAUUUCAUCAAAUGGUCGCUCAUAGCCCUGAUAGUCAUUCUGUUACCGUCUGUGGUGGUGGAUUCGUGGCAAUAUGGGCGCUUAGUCGUUGCUCCAUGGAAUAUAGUUGCAUACAAUAUAUUUACCGAACAUGGUCCUGACUUAUAUGGUGUAGAACCUUGGACAUAUUAUUUCGUAAAUGGAUUUCUAAACUUUAAUAUUAUUUGGGUGCUGGCGCUGUCGGCGCCGCCGCUGCUGCUGGCGUGCGCGGCGGUGUGCCGGCGGCCGGCGCGCGCCGCGUUCUGCGCGCCCUACGCGCUCAGCCUGCUGCCGCUCGCGCUGUGGCUCGCCGUGUUCCUGGCGCAGCCGCACAAGGAGGAGAGGUUCCUGUACCCGGUGUACAGCAUGGUGGUGCUGGCGGGCGCGAUCUCGCUGGACUGCCUGCAGAAGCUGACGUUCGCGGUCGGCACGGAGCUGUUCCGCUGGCGCAAGGAGAGAGAGAGACGGCACUACAUCGUGUACACGGGGCCGCUCGUCGUCAUGUGUGUGUUGCUGGCUGGGGCUGCGAAUUUGUCACGCAUAACAGCUCUGUACAACCACUAUCAAGGCCCAAUGACGAUACUCCGCCAUCUUCCCGACCAAGUAGACCAUCAACUGAAUGUGUGCUUCGGUAAGGAAUGGUACCGAUCACCAUCGAGCUUCCACCUCCCAGACUCAUACAGGAUACGUUUUAUACCGAGCGAAUUUUCUGGUCAGCUUCCUGCGCCUUAUGAUGAUGGACAUAAUGCCACCCGAAUUAUCCAUCCGCACUUUAACGACCAAAACAAAGGGGACAAUCGAACCUACUUACAAGCUAGCGAAUGCCACUACCUCGUCGACUCGGAUAUUGGAACACCUACGACGUUACAACCCCCCUAUCAUAAAAACGUUAACACGUGGGACACAGUAGCAUCAGUGCCGAUAUUAGACGCGACAAAAUCUCAUAAAAUAUUCAGAGCAUUUUAUAUUCCAGUGUUGUCAAACAAAAAUGUCGUUUACGCGAAUUUGUAUCUAUUAAGGAAUAAAAUUAUAAACAUUUAGGUCGAUUUUUGAGUGAAUUAAGUUAUUCUUAUGGCUCGUACUGAAUGUAUAGAUUAUUUCAUUUAUAUGGAAAAGAAUAUAAUUUUUGAUUAUUUAUAUUGUUUUAAGAUUUUGUUGUUUAUUUAUAGCAUUUAUUUGUCUAUUUGUUGUAUUUCGCUUUAUUUUCGUUUCUUUGCAUUUAUUAUUUCAAAUAUAUAAUAAAUAAUUUUGUGCAAAAAUUAAGAUAUGAGGAGUCAUGAGGUAACAGGCGAUGGUUUUAUAUAAAUAUUGAAUAAUUUAAAAUUAUUGUCACUAGAAAAUAAUAUUAGAAGUAAUAAGAGCAUCACGGUUGAAUUUGGGCGCCUGUUAGAUGUGAAAUCGCUGUUAUUAAUACAAAAGGACGUAUGUUAAAAUUAUGUAUUAUACAAAUAGGUAUAAAAAUUUUAUUAUUAUAUUUUUUAUAUUUUUCUCAAAUCUGUUGUCAUUGUGAUGACGAUGGAGGCCGUUCUCAAUGGUUCCCAUAUAUCUACGCAGGAGAUAUUAUACACCAAUGUGUGCGUUAACACUGUUAUAGUCUGAUGAGAGUCCAAAGUCAAUUUUUUUAUUCAAUAUAGAAGCGUUUCACUAGCUUAUUGAUUUCAAAAGUUUACUACCAGGUUCGAUAUAAAGACCU